UCAAAUUUCCAUCUAAUCCUUUACUGUUCUUAUCCCUCCUCUCCUGUUUCCACAGAUCUCGAUUUGCAGAAAGAUCGGCGUUAAUUCAACUCAGUUCACUACAUUCAUUGCAAUUAAUGGACCCUAAGCUUACUCAGAUUCCAGCGAAAUCCCUUUCCUCGAAACCGAAAUUCAUCCGAAAGCCAUCUUACGAAGCACCGAAAAUCACUGCCUAUCAACCUCCGAUUUCCAGACAGAAACGAGUUUUCGGAACUGUUCGAAGCUCAAACAUACCGAUCAAGCCAGUAAAUGAAAAUCCCUUAGGCAAGCCCUUAAUUGGAGCUAUUAAGAAACAACCUAAAUCCACCCGAUUACCUCAAAUCGCGGUCAAUGUUACUGCUGAUCAGAAGAUUAAUGAAAAAUUGAAUCCGAGGCCCAAGAAAAAGAGCCCUAGCAUCAAACAGCAAGUUACGGAAACGGCCCUUAAGGAUCUGCGAGUUCAGAACGACGUCGUAGAGCCUCAUACGCCAGUGAUAAGACCUCGGUUGUUGAAGUCGAAGAACGCCGGCACCCCUUACCAUACGGCGGAAAAAUGUAGUAACUGCCGUUUUGACAAGAUGGAGACCUCGUCAUAUUGGGUUGCUCAGAUCAAAUUGGCUGAGUCCGCUGGCAAGCAUUUUGUGUCGGCUGAUUUCUUUCGCCUUGCUUAUAUCUGCAAUGCCGAGCCGAUCAGGAACCUCAGAGUCGAACUAAAGCGUUACUUGACUCGACAUGAACAUCUAUCAAUGAACACUGAGUGGAAGGAUGUGAGUUUUAGCUACGGCUUAAUUCAAGAUGACGACAAUGGCGGCCCCAAGAAUCCGUCCACUGAAAUUUGUGGCAGUGAAAUCAACAAAGAUCAUCAGAUUGCGGCAAUGGAAUCUGGGACACCAGAAAUCAGUAGCAGUAAACUUGACAAAGAUGAGAUUGUGGGAGCCGAUGUUGGCGAGCUAGGAACCGAGACAAGUCAAAGAUGGCCAAAUUCUUUGUCUGUAGAACCGGACAGAUCCAUCAAAGCUGACAGGUGAACUUGAUUUUAUAGCCUUAGUUCAUAGCCAUUACUGUGCAUGUGUUGUGUAAAUGAAUGUACUGUCCUUUGUGCUUGGCAUUGCCUUUUUCACAUUCCAUUUCGUAGACCAGGCAAAAUGACUUCAAUAUUGUUAUUCUAAGUUAUAUAUAAUAUAUGGCUUACC